UGUAGUGUUUUGGAUAAAAAGCCUCAUCUGAGUGAGGGAAAGUAAAUGAGUGAACGUGUUUGUUUGUGUUUGUGUUUGUGUCACCUGCAGCACAUCAACAACGAGCACAUCCACGGGGAGAAGAAGGAGUUUGUGUGCCGCUGGGAGGAGUGUUCUCGCGAGCAGAAGCUUAAGGCCCAGUACAUGCUGGUGGUGCACAUGAGACGCCACACGGGAGAGAAACCACACAAGUGCACAUUUGAGGGCUGUGCAAAGGCCUACUCCCGUCUGGAGAAUCUGAAGACCCACCUGCGCUCCCACACCGGUGAGAAGCCCUACGUGUGUGAGCACGAGGGCUGCAACAAGGCCUUCUCCAACGCCUCGGACCGCGCCAAGCACCAGAACCGCACGCAUUCCAACGAGAAACCGUACGUGUGCAAGAUCCCGGGAUGCACGAAGCGCUACACUGACCCCAGCUCCCUGAGGAAGCACGUCAAGACCGUCCACGGCCCCGACGCCCACGUCACCAAGAAGCAGAGGGGAGAUGUCCCUCCCAAGGGUCAGCCGCCUAAGGGCAACGGCGAGAACGAGGGGGGCAAUCGAGGUGGACGGGGGCCAGACGGGGUGAUAGAAGCCAACAGCACCACCAAAGGAAUGGAGGACUGCCUGCAGGUCAAGUCCAUCAAAACUGAGAACUCUGUGAUGUAUCAGCCCAGUCCUGGCGGGCACUCGUCCUGCAGCAGCGAGCCGUCGCCGCUGGGCAGUGCCACCAACCAUGACAGUGGAGUAGAGAUGGCCCUGCACAGCAGCGGGGGCAGCCUGGGCGACCUGAGCGCCCUGGACGAGGCCGCCCCCAUGGCCGCCGACUCCACCGGCUCCCCAGGUGGCGCUGUGACGGCCGGUGGCGUGGGCGUGGGCCUGCGGCGGAGCCGUGUGGUGCCCUGCGGGGGAGGGGGAGGGGGCGGGGGCGGGGGCGGAGGAUCACUGCUGCGGCUGGACCAGCUGAAGCAGGAGAAGCUGAAAGGCGUCAGGGACUCGUGCUCCUGGGGGAAACCGCCGGCCGGACCGCAGACGCAGGGACGCAACACCAAACUACCUCCCAUCCCGGCUGUCGGCUCCCUUAUUGAGGGUCCGAAUAUGGGCUACCCCGGCUCCCUGCCCAGCCCCCGCAUUGGUGGCGGCGGUGAUCUGAUCACGUGUGAGGUGACGCUGCUGAACCAGCUGAACAACGAGCGUCGGGACAGCACGUCCAGCACGAUGAGCUCGGCCUACACGCUGAGCCGCCGCUCGUCCGGCAUCUCGCCCUGCUACUCCAGCCGCCGCUCCAGCGAGGCCUCGCAGUUCGGCAGUGGCAGCGGCAGCGGACUGGGCGGCCACCGGCACAACAACAACAUCAGCGCCGCGUCGUACGACUCCUACGACCCCAUCUCCACCGACCUGUCCAGACGGUCCAGCGAGGCCAGCCACUGCGGAGGCCAGGGAGGAGGAGGUGGAGGGAUGGGCCUCACGCCGGCGCAGCAUUACCGGCUAAAGGCCAAGUACGCGGCGGCCACCGGGGGCGCCCCUCCGACCCCGCUGCCCAACAUGGAGCGCAUGAGCCUGCGGACGCGCAUGGCGCUCUACGGCGACUCCCAGGACAGGGAGGGCGCGGGGCACCAGUUCCACACGUCGGGCAUGUCCAGGCGAUGCAGCGACACCGGGUACGGCGCUCCGGGCAUGAUGCCCCACGAGGUGCCCAACAGUCUUCCACGCCGCGCCAGCGACCCCGUCCGGCGGCCCGUUCAGGACCCGCUCUCGUUGCCGCGGGUGCAGCGCUACAACAGCGUGAGCACCAUGAACGUCUCGCGACUGACCGCCGCCGACCGACGCGGCUUCGGCGGGGGUGGCCUUGCCGGCGGCAACACCUGGUCGGACGGCAGCCUGCACCGCCACCACUUCGUCCAGCGCCCGCCCAGCAUCUCGGAGAACGUCGUCAUGGAGACGAUGGCACUGGACCAGGCCGAUGACGACAUUGUGCUUCCGGACGACGUGGUCCAGUACCUCAGGUCCCAGAACGGCAGCUCGACUCAGGACGCGCUGGCCGGUAACUACCCUGGCGGCGGAGGCCAAUCACAGGACUUCCAGAGCAACAUGACAGUCCAGCAGCAGCACCAGCCCCAGCAGCAGCAGUUCUAUGGGCAAAGGCGCAUGGCCAUGAUAGACGCUAGCAUGACUCCUCCAGCUAACGGUCAGGCGAUGGUGUCCUCUCAGUUCAGUCCCCGGCCCCAGCAGCCGUUUGCCGCUUUGCCCGGCGGCAACAAGAGCAGCAUGCCCGUGCAGUGGAACGAGGUCAGCUCAGGGACCAUAGACUCCAUGGAGAGGGUUCCUAAGCAACAGCAGCAACAACAACAACAACAACAACAGCAGCAGCAGCAGCUACAGAUCCUCCGCAGCAACCUGGCCGUGGUCCAGCAGAAGCAAGCGUUCGGUGGCCACCCCCACCACCAGAGCUUCCAGGGCUCCAACCAGCAGAUCGUCCACAUGAGCCAGAGCCUGGCGUCCAUGCAGCAGCAGCAGGCCAUGCAGAGGGGCAUCCAGCGGAUGACCGCCCACCAGCAACAGCAGCAGCAGCACAGGGUGCCCUCCUCGUCCACCAACCCAUUGGCAAUGCAGUCCGACGCUUUGACAGGGAGUGCAGCCAACCAACACGGGCUGUUCGGCAAUGCUGCCCUUCCGAAUGGCAGAGCAGCGCCAAUGGCAACGACGCCGCAGCAAAAUCCCGAUGUGCCACAGCAGCAGCAAUACCGGACGAACUCGUCGUACAUGAAUGGCACCGGGCAGCAGAGUUUUGCCGUUCCGUCGUCUCAGAUGACCGCUCAGAACGGAAACCGGGUUCUGAUGAACCCGCGGCCUCCUGCAGAACCCAGACCCUCGGCCAGACAGCAGCAGCAGCAGCAUGCUGGCCUGAUCUCCAUGCAGCCCAGCGGGUUCCUUCAGGCCAACUACGGAACCUCAGAAGCCAGCCCCAAGAGAACCGACAGCAGAGGUCACCAGGAGAGCGGAAACAACAGCAUCAGCAGAAACAAUCACGCCAACGGUGGCGGCGCAUUCUACUCAGGCGAGAUCCACGUGCUCGAUUCCAGCGUCGGCUUCGAAGUGCCCAUGUCCCCCUGCGCCAACCAGGACCUGGGCACCAACGCGGCCACCAUGGCCUCCCCGGGGGUCAACCAGGUCACCAGCACCGUGGACUCACAGCCUCCCGCGGUGUCCGAGCACGCUCAGAUCGACUUUGACGCCAUGCUGGACGACGGCGACCACUCCAGCCUCAUGUCGGGCACGCUCAGUCCAGGCCUCCUCCAGAGCCUGUCCCAGAAUUCAUCGCGACUGAACACGCCGCGCAACUCUGUGACGCUGGCCUCUGUGCCCUCGGGCAUCGGGAACAUGGCGAUCGGAGACAUGAGCUCGAUGCUGACGGCUCUCGCAGAGGAGAGCAAGUUCCUCAACUUAAUGGCUUAAGGACAAAUGGGUUGGUUUGCCAUUGCCAUAACAUCAGGAAAACACAAUGUAUGUGUGUGCUUGUUUUUGUUUUGUUGUUGUUUUUUUGUUUUUGUUUUUGUAUUUUAGUGGAUGUGCAUACUGUACGAGUGUGCUUUUGAAAUCUGUUCUCUGUUGGUUGAAAAGGAACAUGCUGAAAUGAUGAAAGACACCUGUUUGCACCAAAGGUCGGUGCCCCAGGGGACACAGUCUUUUUGUUAAAAAAAAAAACAAAAAAAACAUUCAAGUUAAGAAAUAAGCACUGAUUUGUACUACAAAAACAACUGAAUCGCUUUACAACUGGCAAUAAGUUAAAAAAAAAAAAAAUCUCUAAAGCUUGCAAUUAUAAAACAUAGUAUACAUUUUAUACAUUUGAUGAUGAAAUGUUGAUAAGGAGAAGUGUCAUUCAUUUAUCCUGUUUACCCAAAAGCCAUAGUCAAUGAAUCUUUGUAAGUCACAGCCCAGUAUUUCCUAGCGGCUUCCUCUUUAGUGGUGCAUUGAAAAUGGUUCACUAAGUGCCUUACAGCUCAGAACCAGUGUGACCUAAACUCAGACAUUUACAUUAAUCAUGUUGCCAGUUUGAGUACAUGGCAAACAAAUACUUUAAAGUAUUAUUCUCGACUUAAACAUAUUGUUUAUAGUAUAACUGUAUGGUACAGUACACACUUUAAAUUAUCUUAACGACUUGAUUACUAUGUGUUUUUUUUUCUCCUCUCGUUAAGUGUAUAAGACAAUGCUGUUCCAUUUGUUUUUUUUAUUACACAGAGGGUACUGAACUGUUGAAUUCCGGUCCUUAAUUGUGACUCUUUCUAUGGACUUGGUGAAUGUUGAAUACACACAGACAGAGAGAGAGAGAGAGAGAGAGAGAGAGAGAGAGAUGGAGGUGGGAUAUCCUUCAAGUGUCCUACAGGGGGAUGGAUCUCGCUGUGCACUUGUCUCGUCAGCUCAUGUGAUUGAAAAGGUCGGACGGAGGAACGGCUCAUCUGUGUGUGUGUGUGUGUGAACAUCUGCAGAGACCUGACAGCUCUGAGAUGCCACCCCCCAACACACACACGCACACACCCACCCACACACAGAGAGAGAGACACCCCUCUGGAGAGACACCCCUCUUUAAAAAAAGGAAUAUGCAAGUACUUUUGGGUGCUCUCCAUGGAGACAGUGCAGCCUCCCAAUUAGCAGGAGCAUCCCCCUCUGGACUGGAGUUGGGUGGGGGUGCACCUCUGAGGCCUACCAAAAAAAGUCUGCGGCCUUUCAUGUUUUGGCUGGGGUCAGAGAAACUAAGGGGACAUAGAGAAUAUCCCCUACCCAUCAACGAAAGACAGUACAAACUCUACAUUUGAUUGUUUGAAUUAAAAACAGCCUUUUGUAUUCUGCCGUUUACUUGUGCAAAGUCUGUCUUGUUGUGUGAGAGUGUGUUGGAGUGUAUGAGCUGCAGCUUUUGUACAUUUUAAAUACAGUAUCUUAAGUUGUU